AUUGUAUACAACCUACAUUUUUGUCAGUGGUUGUUUCUAAGGCUUGAACUCGUGACUUUUUGAUCACAUGACAACAACUUUACAAGUUACUCCAAGACUCGCCUUUUUGAGUGUUUAACUAUCCUAAGAAUUGUGUUACUCCAUCAUCUAACUUAACUGGCAAUUAAGUAGUAGCAUAGCGUUCAUUCUUUUUAGAUACAGAAUGUGGUGUUUGAUGAAUUGGAUCGGAUUGGAUGUAUCACAUUCAUUUUACAUCUUUCCCCGUUCAUUUUUACCCAAACCUCCAAAGAACUAAAACAUUGAAGUAGCUAGAAAUAUGACUUUCAAUUUAAGAAUCAGUAAAAUUGAUCAAGACUAUAUUCCAUUUCAUUCACAGGGAUAAGUGCUCCAUUGACGAUUAGCAAGGUUUAGAAACAGGAAAUUUGUUACCAGUGGCCUUUUGGACUUUUACUGAAGCAAGUAAAUCCAGUGGGAAUGACUGGAAUUAUAAUUAGUUGGUCAAAGAUGUUGUCUUUUUAUGUGGAAGGAUUGCAUUACUACCAAUUUAAUAUCUUUUUCAUCAAUUGGAUAUUUUCCUUUAUUAGAAAUUUCAAAGAUUUGGACUAAGGUAUAUGAUUAAGUGGUAACUUUGAUUGUAUUUACUGGUUAUUAUUGUUAGUCUUCUAUCAGACUGCCUCCAAAGUCUCAUUGCCCAUCACCUAGGAACUUUCUUACUACGUCUUUACUUAAUAAUGAGAAAAAACUCUUUCAAAACUGGUGUUUGGGAGUGAAGAUGUUGUUGGUUGAAUUAGUUCUCUUGCUUUCUUGUUUCCAUUUAGUUAGCUGCAACAAUACUCUUUCAGACACCUUGAUACCUGGCCAGCUCCUUUCCUUUUCAUUAGGACAUACUUUAGUAUCCAAACAAGGGAAAUUUGAACUGGGUUUUUUCAGUCCUGCAGGUGCUUCUGAUAAGCUCUUUAUUGGUAUAUGGUAUUCAAAUAUAAAGACCAAAACCGUGGUUUGGAUAGCAAAUAGGGACAACCCCAUUCGUCCUCCGUUCAAUAAUUCUCAUUUAGAGUUGUCCGAUGGAAAUCUACAACUCUUGGAUGCACGUACACAAAGAGUUUGGAAUUCUAAUUUAUCCGCAGCCUCAGCAUAUGCCAAUAGGGCAGUACUUCUUGAUUCUGGAAAUCUCUGUUUGACAAAUGGCAUUGACACACAGUGGCAGAGCUUUGAUUAUCCUACAGAUAAAUGGUUGCCUGGUGCGAUGAUUGGAUUUGAUAAGACCACGAACACACUCCAGAAACUUACUUCUUGGAGGAAUUUGAAUGAUCCGGCUUCAGGAAGCUACUCUUUGCAAUUAGGACCGAAUCAAAAUGGAGAGUUAGUUGUUCAGCGUAACCUCCAGGAGCAAUGGUGGAGGUCUGAGCCGUGGAAUGAAGGAGGGUUUGCUAUUCUAGCACAACAAAAUCGUUAUAAGAAUUUAUUCAACUUCAGUUAUAAUGCAGCUGAAGAUGGUAAAUACAUUACUUACAAUGUCUUUGGUGAAUUUGACAUUUCUCGAAUUGUCCUAGAAUUUAAUGGGUCGAUGAAGCAAUGGUUCUGGUCUAAAGACCAUCAAAAUUGGCAGGUAGUGUGGUCUGGACCUACUGAUAAUUGUGACCGAAUAAAUCAUUGUGGUGCUUUUGGAAUUUGCGACAUGAAUGCCGAUCCACCCUGUGAAUGUUUACAAGGUUAUGAACCGAAGUUAAAGUUAGAUUGGGAUAUUAAUGACUAUUCGGGUGGGUGUGUGAGGAAAAUUCCGCUGCAGUGUGACAACAAUAACAAAGGUUAUGUCUGUAUGCAAAAUGUAAAAACUUCCUGCAUCAUCUGAAUCAAUGCAAGUAGGAAAUGAUCAGAUCUGUGAAUAUAUAUGUUCAUCUGACUGCUCAUGCAAUGCUUAUUCUUACAGCACUAGUGGAGAGUGCUUAUUAUGGAAUGGCGAUCUGAUCGAUCUGUCAAGAAUACCUAAUAAUUCACGUCAAGUAGUGUUCAACAUUAAGCUUUCUGAGCGCUCCAACAAAGGAAAGAAGAAACCACUACUGGUAGGACUAGCAGCAUCCAUCACUUCUGCAAUUUUUCUCUGUGGUACAUGCUGUUAUUUUCUAUGGAGAACAAAGCUCAAGGAAAAAGGGAUUUUGGGAAAGAAAAAGUUCAGAGAAAUUUUACUUUUUGAGUCAGCAACUGAUUUGUCAAAACCUGGAACUUCCAGUAAUAAAGGACAACAAAAGAAAUGUGCCGUUGAACUGAAGUUCUUUAAAUUACGUGAGCUGAAAGCUGUGACGGACAAUUUUUCCCCUCACAAUAAGGUUGGAGAAGGAGGUUUCGGGUCUGUUUUUAAGGGUCAAUUGCUAGAUGGGCAGAAAAUAGCUGUGAAAAGGCUAUCAACUCAAUCACAGCAAGGUAUCAGUGAGUUCAAAACUGAGGCCCUUCUCAUUGCUAAACUUCAACAUAGAAAUCUUGUUAGGUUCCUUGGCUGCUGUGUAGAAGACGAGGAGAAAAUGUUGAUCUACGAAUAUAUGCCAAACAAAAGUCUAGACUAUUUCAUAUUCGAUGAGAGCAGGAAGUCGUUGCUUGAUUGGAAAAAGCGGUAUGAAAUCAUUAUUGGAAUAGCCAGAGGGAUACUCUAUCUUCAUCAGGACUCAAGAUUAAGAAUAAUACACCGUGAUCUGAAAGCUAGCAACAUUCUUUUAGAUGAAGAUAUGAACCCCAAGAUAUCAGAUUUUGGUACUGCUAGAAUAUUUAGUGGAAAUCAAAAUGAAGAUAAGACUAAUCGAGUCGUUAGAACAUAUGCCUAUAUGUCACCUGAAUAUGCUCGAGCUGGUCUCUUCUCCAUAAAAUCUGAUGUCUUUAGCUUUGGUGUUAUAUUAUUGGAGAUCAUUAGUGGCACAAAGAACACGGUCUCUUAUACUAGUGAUUCCCCUCCAAAUUUGAUAAGACGGGCCUGGGAGUUGUGGAAUGAUGGUAAGGCGUUUGAGCUGGUAGAUUCAUCAAUAGUUGAUUCUUGUUCCAGUGAGGAAGCACUGCGUUGCAUUCUAGUAGGACUAUUGUGUUUGCAACUCAAUGCAGCAGACAGACCAACCAUGUCAACAAUUCUGUACAUGCUACGUAUUGAAGCAACGGUUCCCUCCCCGAAGCAGCCCUUCAUUACCCCUAACUCAGACUCGAUUAUUACAGAAAUCACAUCAUCUUCGAUCAAUGAGGUGACAAUUACAGCACCUGAUGUUCGUUAGUUGUCUGAUAUGAUUGUGCAUUAGUGUUAUCUGUUGCUCAAAUGUAUGUAGUUGUCAUUACUUCCCAAAGUAUGAAGCAAUCUUCUAUGAUUCAACGCAUUAUGUUUUGAUAGAUUUCAUCGAACUAGUUGAUCUUACGUUGACAGCUCCUCAUCACAGAAAUAUUGAGACAACAGUGCUCUUGUCUGAUGAUCAUAAUAUCAUUGUUGUAUUUGAUACAUAGUUAGCUCAUGAUCUUGUUAUGAA